AAAAGAGGGAAUUUCCUGACUUAAAUUUUUUUUUCAAAGAAAUGGCCAACCUCAGGGAAUGUUGGAUUCCCCACAGGCCACAGUGGAAGCUUAGCAAAUCAAAGCAAUCCCAACACUUGUUCUAUUCUCUCUAUCUGACACCAAAAACCUGCCUAACCCACCUGGUAAAAAAAACCCAAAUUUUGAUUAACCAUCCUGAUUAUAAUAAAAUCUUACUGUGCUUAACAGUUAAAACUUCACUUUGAUGUUUUACAUUUUUUUUUUACAAUAAUGUGGUACAAGAGGAGAAAAUUCUCAAACAUCCUGUUCCCUACAUAAAUACAUGAUUGAAAGAAUUUUCUUUAUCAAUCAUGUUUUGAUAUUUAUAUAGAUUUGGUUAAUAUGGCUUAGCUUUUAUAUAUUCUUUUUUCUCUACUUUUGAUUGAACCAGUGGCAGGCAUGUUACUUCUCUCUGGUGUAUUUUAAACUAUCUCAAAGUCUCUGGUUUCUUGGCUCUUGGUUCUGAGUUCUGACAGAAAGUUGAGAGUGUGUGUGCAAAUUCUAUUCUUGUAUAGGAACCAUGGGGACUUUCACUGCUUGGCUUUUGAUGUAAGCAUUGCAUAAAACAACACAAUCCUACUUGAGCAUUACUUCAGUUGAAUCGUUUGCUUACAAACUUCUACCAGCUCCUUACCUGCUUCCUAGUCCCCUAUAUAUAAAAGAAACUGGUUUUUUAUUUCUUUGUUGCCUUGCUCUCUUUGAGCUGCAACUACUGAAGCAAUGGAAUUCAGGAAAGAGAAGAUUGUUUUAAGUUGUGUGGCCUUGAUCUGCUUAUGGACUUCUGCAUGUGGAUUGCUUUCACCAAAAGGUGUAAACUUUGAAGUGCAAGCUUUAAUGGGCAUAAAAGCUUUUCUGGUUGAUCCUCAUGGGGUUCUUAACAAUUGGGAUGAUGCUGCUGUUGAUCCAUGCAGCUGGACUAUGGUCACAUGCUCUCCUGAUGGUCUAGUCAUUGGCCUAGGAGCUCCAAGCCAGAAUUUGUCUGGUACACUUGCCCCCACAAUCGGAAACUUGACAAAUCUCCAGCAAGUGCUCCUACAGAAUAACAACAUAUCAGGACAUAUACCCUCCGAAUUAGGGAAGCUUCCGAAGCUUCACACACUUGAUCUUUCUAACAACUACUUCUCUGGUCAAAUUCCCAGCACUCUGUCCCGUUUAAAAGGUCUCCAAUACUUGAGGCUGAAUAAUAACAGUCUCUCAGGAGCAAUACCUUCCUCUCUGGCAAACAUGACUCUGCUCACUUUCCUGGACUUGUCUUUCAAUAAUUUGAGUGGACCAGUGCCAGGAUUGCUAGAAAAAACAUUCAACAUUGUUGGAAACCCAUUGAUCUGUGCCGCGGAAGAUGAGCAUGACUGCUCCAGAACAAGACCAAUGCCAAUGUCUUUGUCCUUAAACAAUUCACAAAACUCACAACCCUCUGGUAGACCCAAGAGCCACAAAAUUGCUUUAGCCUUCGGCUCCAGCCUAGGCUGCAUCUGCCUACUUAUUCUUGGCUUUGGUUUCUUUCUUUGGUGGAGGCAAAGACACAACCAGCAAAUAUUCUUCGAUGUUAACGAACAACAUCGAGAAGAAGUUUGCCUUGGAAACUUGAAGAGGUUCCAUUUCAAGGAACUUCAGAUAGCUACUAACAACUUCAGUAGCGAGAACUUGGUUGGAAAAGGAGGUUUUGGAAACGUAUAUAAAGGUUAUCUCCAGGAUGGAACAGUUGUAGCUGUAAAAAGGCUUAAAGAUGGAAAUGCCAUUGGAGGUGAAAUCCAAUUUCAGACUGAAGUUGAGAUGAUGAGCCUAGCAGUUCACCGCAACCUCCUUCGGCUCUAUGGAUUUUGCAUGACAGCGACAGAGAGACUUUUGGUUUACCCUUACAUGUCCAAUGGUAGCGUUGCUAGUCGACUCAAAGCCAAACCAGCCUUAGAUUGGGGAACGAGGAAAAGAAUAGCUUUAGGAGCAGCUAGGGGCUUAUUGUACUUGCACGAGCAGUGUGAUCCAAAGAUAAUUCACAGGGAUGUUAAAGCUGCAAAUGUACUUCUUGAUGAUUACUGUGAGGCCAUAGUUGGUGAUUUUGGAUUGGCAAAGUUGUUGGAUCACCAGAAGUCACAUGUGACAACAGCUGUGCGGGGCACUGUCGGACAUAUAGCCCCGGAAUACCUAUCCACCGGGCAGUCCUCUGAGAAAACAGAUGUUUUUGGGUUUGGUAUCCUUUUACUUGAGCUGAUAUCUGGACUGAGAGCUCUUGAAUUUGGGAAGACAGCUAACCAGAAAGGAGCCAUGCUUGACUGGGUAAGAAAAAUUCACCAAGAAAAGAAACUGGAGAUGCUAGUUGACAAGGACCUGAAGAACAACUAUGAUAGAAUUGAGCUUGAAGAAAUGGCUCAAGUGGCCCUUUUAUGCACUCAAAACCUCCCAAGUCAUAGACCCAAGAUGUCAGAAGUGGUUCGGAUGCUGGAAGGUGAUGGACUUGCUGACAAGUGGGAAGCUUCUCAGAGAGCUGAAGCAACCAGGUCUAGAGCCAAUGAAUUCUCCUCUUCAGAGAGAUAUUCUGAUCUUACUGAUGACUCUUCCUUACUGGUUCAAGCAAUGGAGCUCUCUGGACCAAGAUGACUUUCA